UCAUUUGCUCUGAAUAUUCAAUCAGUUUCCAAUCGAAUCCUAUUUUUCAAUUUUCCAUUCAGAAAAUUUUCCAAUCCCUCGCGUUUCCGCCAUGAGCGUCUUGUUCCACUCUUCAGAAUUCCUCCUCCCUUCUUCUUCUUCUUCUUCUUCGUUUCCGGCAGAGCACCGCCGUUCUUCAACCUACGCUCUUGUUCUGCUCAACCAACGUCUCCCCAAAUUCACUCCCCUGCUCUGGAAGCACGAGCAGCACAACUUCGUUUGUGUGCCGAUGGAGGUGCCAAUCGCGUAUUUGAUGAAUUGCCUCUGCUGUUUCCUCAUCUAGACGCUUUGGAUGUUCGUAAUAGCUACAAGCCAGAUGUUAUUAGUGGAGACAUGGAUUCAAUUCGGGCAGAAGUACUAGAUUUUUAUGAUAAGCAAGGGAUCAAGAUAUUUGAUGAAUCUGAAGAUGAGGAUACUACAGACCUACAUAAAUGUGUUGCAUAUAUUCUUCAGUCUAUGCCAAAUCUGGAGGAGUCUAAUCUGUGUAUACUUGUUGCCGGAGCUCUAGGUGGACGAUUCGAUCACGAGAUAGGAAACAUCAAUGUACUAUGCCGUUUCUCAACUACGCGCAUAAUCCUUCUGUCUGAUGAUUGCCUUGUUCAUCUUCUGCCAAGGACUCAUCACCAUGAAAUCCAUGUUGACUCAUCUGUUGAGGGUCCGCAUUGUGGUCUCAUUCCAAUUGGGAUGCCUUCUGGAAGCACUACAACCAAAGGUCUCCAAUGGGAUUUGACUGACACAGAGAUGAAGUUUGGAGGUCUAAUUAGCUCAUCGAAUAAAGUUAAAGGAGAGAAAGUAAGAGUGCAAUCUGACACCGAUCUUCUCUGGACGAUCUCAUUAAAAAAGCAAUAAGACGGGGUUGUAGGAUUGCGAUGAGCUGGAGCUGCCAUCGGCCUGAUAGCCGAUGCUAGAUUUUGAGCCUCCGAGCCCGCACAGUCUUCGGCCAGGCAUUCUCUGCAUUAGGUAAUGGAAUCUUCUUUCUCCCUUUAAAAUAAGAAUAAUUUUGAAGAUCUACCCCUUCAUCUGCCAGGUCUUUUAGCUUUCCAUUUUCCGUUAAAUUUGUUUUUAUGUGAUUAGGAAGUUGUAUUGCUCUCUCUCUCUCUCUCUCUCUCUCUGAUUUUGGAGAUCAGUGCCAUUAUAUAUA